GAAAAAGACGCGCAGCCCCGAGCAGAACUGAACAUCUGUAGUUGAUGCAAGACGGAAGCGUCUGAUUGAAAACACUGCACAUUGUGGCUAUUGAGCAGGCUUCUUCUGCACAGCGUGUGUGAAACAGGAAACGUUGCUGCGGACAGAGAUGACAGACGCUCCGGUGGCUCGUACGGUGCUGCAGCAGUGUCUGCAGGCCAGACUGCAGGUGAAACCCGCAGAGCAGCUGUCAGAGGCGCAGUACGUCCAGAUCGACAGAGGAAUGGUGAUCUACGUCUGCUUCUUUAAAGGAGCGACAGACGACAUACUGCCCAAGAUGGUGUCCACACUGUUGAACCUGCGGCUGUGUGAGUCCGACUCGGGGAAGAUGGUUUCGGUGUUGGAGCUUCCCGGCAGCCUGCUGAUCGUCCCUCAGGCCACGCUGGGCGGGAAGGCCAAAGGCAAGGCCAUGCAGUACCACAACAACAUCGGCAAAGAGGACGGACUGCGGCUCUACAGCGCCUUCAUCUCUCUGUGCGAGAAGGAGAUGACGGCAGCCGCCGCUUCAGCCGGGACCGGAGCCGAGGUGACGGUGAAACACGGGACGUAUGGAAACAGACAAGUGCUGAAGCUCGACACCAACGGACCUUACACACAUCUGAUGGAGUUCUGAGACAUGAAGCUUUGAAUUUGUGUCACACAUCAGCCUUGUUCCUGGAAGACAGUUUGACAUGUCACAUUAGGAAAAGCACAGGUGUAAAUAA